AUGCAGGCGGCCCAGGAGAAGGUGGAGAGUGCCAUGGCGAACGCGAGUGACGCGACGUCAAUGGUGCUUGGCGUACAGGCGGCCGUGAGCGAGGAAGACCUGGUCCCGCUGGUGAAGGCGGCCGAGUUUGUCCGUGUGGCCGGCGGCUGGUCCAGGAUGGUGCAAAAACUCCUGGCUGCUGUGGACGAAGACCAGAUCGGUACACACGCCGUGGGGGCCAAGGAUCGCGUAGUCGCCGCUGUUGAGACAACGCUCGCGGAUAUCAACGACUCCGCCACCAAAGCCUCCGUGCUGGAGGCGUAUAUCAAGAACGCCAAGGGCGGUGACGAAGCGGCGGCGCUACGCCGCCUAGAAGAUAACCUGAACAGCCUCAAGGCGGACUUCGACGAGGUCAAGGAGCUGGCCCCGGGCGCCCAGAAAGCGGCAGACCUUUGCCAGGUGGAAAAGACGCAGAUGAUGACGGCCGCCGCCACGGUCAAGGUUAUCGUCUUCGAGGGGGAGGCACGACCCGUGGUGAACGGGGCCGAGAGCGCCGCGCAGGCUUUCCGUCACCAGAAUAAUGCGUUCGAGAAGGCCAAGGCUUCGGCGGGGGGCGUCAUGGCCGCCGGGGAGAAGGCGGCGAUCUCGCUCAGAGUUCCAGUCUUGGUGGCGGAGGCGAGCCGAGAAGAGGUUCGGGAAGCCGAAAAGGCGCACGCAGAGAAGGAGAAGCAGGCCAAGCAGAAAGCGACGGCGCAGGCGGAGGCGGUGGUGGCAGCGAAAGCGAAAGCGGCUGCCACCGCGACGGUGGCAGAGAAGGACAAGGAAAAGGACAAGGAGGUCGCUGCCGUUGUCGCGACUGCCGCCAGCGCUGCCACGAAGCGGGUUGCCGCGGUACACACGGAUCGGCUGGGAUAG